CUUUUCUUGCUUUUUUGCACUCAGAAAACACAGAGUGAGAGGCUGAGCAGAAAAACACAGAACACACAUUGAAGCUGAAAAUGGCUCUGAGAAUGUGGGCUUCUUCGACAGCAAAUGCUCUCAGACUCUCAGUUUGUGCUUCCAAAUCUCCUGCCUUUUCUCUCUCUAGAGCCUUUUCAACUGUUUUGGAUGAUUUGAAGUAUGCUUCUUCGCAUGAAUGGGUGAAGCAUGAUGGCCCCGUGGCCACCAUCGGAAUCACAGACCAUGCCCAGGACCAUUUAGGAGAACUUGUGUUUGUGGAGCUGCCGGAAGCGGGCAAGGAAGUGAAACAAGGCACCGGUUUUGGAGCCGUAGAGAGUGUCAAGGCCACUAGUGAUGUGAACUCUCCGAUCUCCGGUGAGGUCGUCGAGAUCAACAAAAAGCUAGCAGACUCCCCGGGACUGAUCAACACAAGCCCAUAUGAAGAAGGGUGGAUGAUCAAGGUGAAACCAAGCAAUCCCUCAGAGCUGGCAAACUUGAUGGGAUCCAAGGAGUACAUUAAAUUCUGUGAAGAAGAAGAUGCUGCUCACUAAACAUGUCUCCAUUCGAUUUUUUAUUUCUUUACUUUCUUUUUUACUCUUUUCCUUUUUGGGUAUCCAAAACUGAAUUUCAUAAUUUUAUGCAAGUAUAUUAAUUAAA